AUAACAAGAGUAGCCUCCCUUUAUAUUUACUUCCGUGAAGAUCGUCAACAUGGCAGUCGUAGACCCGUUCACUAUUUACCUCGUUACAGCUGGAAUAGUUGCUGUUAUAUUUCUGAUUGUUUUUAUAGUCAAUAAAUUCAGUUCAAAUGACAAGAAACAGGGUGGUGAAGGUGGAGGACCAGCUAGACGACCUGUACCUGUUAAUGUGGAGGGACCACCUGGUGUUAGGAGGAGAGCAAGACGUCCGAGAAUGGUAGUCAGAGAUGAACCAGAUGAGCUGGAUGAUGAAGAAGAUGUAUUUGCAGAUUUUGCUCAACCUGAAAAAAAAGUUGGUGCCAAGAAAUUAAAAAAGCUUCAAGAUAAAGCAGAUAGAAAAGCCGCUAGAGAGGCUGAAUUUGAAGAUCGACAGGAGAGAAAAGAGAAAGAAGCAGAAGAAGAAGCGAAAAGAAAGAAACAAGAAGCUAUAAGAAAACAAGAAGAGGCUAUAGAGGCUGAAGAAGAGAAGAAACGUAAAGAAGAAGAAGAGAAAAAAGAAUACGAAGAAUAUUUAAAAAUGAAGGAAAUGUUUAGUGUUGAUGAAGAGGGUGAAAAUGAGGCAGAAGUAGACUUGAAUUCCCAGUCUUUAUUACAAGAAUUUAUACAAUAUAUAAAGGAUAUGAAGGUUGUCAUGUUAGAAGAUUUAGCAGCACAUUUUAAAAUUAAAACACAGGAUUGUAUACAGCGUGUUCAUGAUCUACAAUCUAGUGGAGAAUUAACAGGUGUGGUCGAUGAUCGGGGUAAAUUUAUAUAUAUAACGAUGGAAGAACUCGAAGAUGUUGCUAAAUAUAUUCGACGAAAUGGCCGUGUUUCUAUCCGAGAUUUAGCAGACUCUAGUAACAGAUUAAUUAAUCUUAAUCCGGAUAAUGCUGCCACACAUAAACAUAUGAUGGAGACCGUGUCAGCUUAAUUAAUUGUGUGAAAUUUUAUAAAUUUAGGCCAUAUAAUGCCAUUGAAACUUUAAAAAAAAUUAGGCAAUAUAAAAGAAAUAUUAUGUUUCUGGGAUACUGCUGUGUCACUUAAAAACGGGAUGAAACAAAAAAACAAUCUAUGUAAUUACUGCACAUGCAUUUGUUACCAUGGUUACAGGGAGAAAACUGGAUGAAAAAAUUCUAUUAAUUCCGGAAAUAUACCGUAGACCCAAUGAUCAAGUACGUAACCCUGAUCAUUGUUAUUGAAAGACUAUAUUGACACUGGAUAAUCAUAUAUUACUAUCUUUAUGUGGCUCUGUUAAAAUAAUAAGAGAAUACUUGUUGAAACGUUGUACUAUAUGUGUAUAAACCAGUGAUUGUUUUCAAUAUAAAUUGUGGUGUUUUUUUUUAUGAAAUGUUGAGAAGUCAUUAAACCAGUAGAAAUGUUUUAGUCUAGCUAACAAUCUGCCUCUUGAAUUUUGACAAGCAUGGAUUGUAGAGUUUGGUAGCUCGCAGACCAGCCGCGAGAAACUGGGUAAAAGUUUUUUAUGUACAGGACCAAAACUCUCCACGGCUAAUCUGCGAUCUUCUACGGUGCAGAACACACGCAAUCGACGCGUAAGACUCGCGUACGGGUUUACUAAAAUUUUAACCGUAGACUGUCUGUAGUAGCAUGUACGACGUGUUGUAAGCAAGGCUUUAGACUGCCCUUAGUAGCACCUACGGCGGGGGUUGUAAGCAAGGCUUUAGACUGUCUGUAGUAGCACGUACGGCAGGGGUUGUGAGCUAGGCUUUAGAUAAAAUAAAAACUUGCCUCCCUCAUGAGAUUUUUGUGAAGAAUUGUUUGUUUAUCAGAAUAUUUAUUUUGUAUGGCCUGAUGAAUUGAAAAUACUGAAGACAGAAAGUGUAAUAAAUUAAUAGAAUGGGG